CAACAUUCCACGAGAAUGACAUCUGGAGCGUUCGACAACCUCAUUCUACUCCAGGAGGUGCAUCGCCGAUUACCAUUGCACCACCAAGCACCCUAGCUGCGGGCUCAUACACGAUAGCGAAAUUCACUACCCGCCUGAACAGCUGCUCGAGCUGCGUCGAUCUGCUUACCGGCUAAUUGCACCCAUAUCUGGCGGGAUUCAACCCUUUCGACGUGUUGUCGUCAUGACCGACCAUGGACGCGACGAGAGGACGCCGCUGUUGCGCAGGACAAGCGAGACCGGGCGAAAUGCAGAUCGAAUUGCCACGCCCGAUGAGGAUUUCGCCCAUCUCAACCGGCAAGUCAAAAUCUGGAGGAGGCGCCGCUGGGCUUCUUUCGUCUGUUCUGGCUUCCUCAUACUCGGGUUUGUCGCCCUUCUAAUACUAUCUGGAGUCCUCUCGCGUUCACGCGGAAAAUUACACAUGGGGUCCUCAAUCUGUUUGACGCCCAGCUGCAUCCACGCAGCAUCGGAAAUUCUGUACAACCUGUCGCCCGACUACCAAAACAUCGAUGCAUGCACAGACUUCAACCAUCUUGUCUGCGAUGGCUUCGAUGCUCGCCAUGACAUCGCUGCGGAUCGUAGCGCCGUGUCAACCAUCAGUUCCAUGGCCGACAACGGGAAAACCAUAUUGAGACACAUUCUCGAGUCUCCGUAUCCCAAUGCAUCCCAGCACUCUACAUUUUCGCCUUUAAACUUGCUCAACGUUGCCGCCUCCACUGAUGAGGACAAUUUCAACAUGAUGCAGGAAACGUACAACUCCUGUAUUAACGAGACCGCACUGCAGAAGUUGGGAGUGCAGCCCCUUCUCAGCCUGGUCAGAGAAGUCGCCAACCAUUUCCCUUUGGGCCCAGGAAACUCUUACGGGGAAAGUGGAAAACUUGGAGAGAAUGAUUUCCCCCAGCUGAGCGAUGCGAUCCUGUUUCUUCAGCAGAUUGGGGUAACUACAUUCGAGAGCCUUGGAACGGGAGCCGACGACAAGAACCCUGAAGUCGUCAUAAUCCAAGCUUCUCCUGCAGGGCUGACUCUUCCGUCUCCUGAAUACUACGAGGAUGCGGACACUACCCAACAGUAUCAGGAUAUGUUGCAAGCAGUCUUCAGCGCAUUCAUUCCCGGCAACUCCUCCCGGGAUGAUGCGGCUAAGCUAGCACAGUCAGUCGUUGACCUCGAGCGGAAGAUUGCCGAGGCAACCCCACCUCCGGAGGACCAGCAAGAUGUUACGAAAUACUACAACAUCAUCAAGGUAUCUGAGGCCAGGACAAUUGCGCCAGCCAUCGGCCUAGACUCCGUCAUCGAGGGCCUUGUGCCAUCCGAUUACAACGUGGACUCAAUGCUGCUCGCCUUUCCCGAAUUUCUGGCAAACGUUUCCCAGAUUUUGACGGAAACUGACAAGGCAACCGUACAAAGCUAUCUGAUUUGGAAGACCAUCGACACCUACGCAGAUGCGGUCCAGGGACCAGAAGUGGCGCCCAUUAGCCGUUUUUACAAUGUCAUGAAUGGCUUGGAUCCCGAGACAAAGGCUGAGCGCUGGCAGACUUGUGUGAGCUAUGUCGACUCGACGGUUGGCUGGAUACUGAGUCGCUUCUUCAUCGAAGCUGCCUUCUCUGCUGAUGCCAAAAACUUCGGCGAUCACAUCGUGACAGAUAUUAAGCAGCAGUUCAUUUCCAAACUGAAUGCGCUGAGCUGGAUGGAUGACAGCGUGAAGAAGCUGGCCAUCAACAAGGUAAAUAACAUUGACCAGAAGAUUGGCUAUCCAACGGAAAGUCCGGACAUCACAAAUCCUGAGGAUGUGCAGGCCUGGUACGCAGGCUUGGAGAUUACCAACUCUUUCUUCAACAAUACAGUGUCAAGCAAUCGGUUUUCUAUCAACCAAAGUUGGUCCGAACUGGGGAAGCCAGUUGACCAUGGCCGAUGGUACAUGCAAGCCGACACAGUAAACGCAUACUACUCGCCCGUCGGAAACGAAAUCGUUUUCCCCGCUGGGAUCAUGCAGUUUCCCGUUUUCCAGUACGACCUUCCCGCAUACGUCAGCUACGGUGCUUUCGCCUCUGUUGCCGGGCACGAGUUAUCCCAUGCUUUCGACAGCUCAGGCCGACACUACGACGAACAUGGCAAUUAUACCGAUUGGUGGACCAACCACACUGUCAAGGAGUUCACAAAGCGGGCAGAUUGCUUCGUGGAGCAAUACUCCAACUUCUCCGUCCCGGGUGCCAACGGGGAGCCUCUUCACGUAAACGGGAGAUUGACGCUCGGAGAGAACAUCGCCGACGCCGGCGGCAUCUCUGCUGCAUUCGCCGCGUGGAAGCAACGCCAGCAAUCGACGCCGGACGAGGAUCUUCCCGGCCUAGACUAUUUCAGUCACGAGCAGCUCUUCUUCAUCUUCUACUCGCAAUUUUGGUGUAAUAAAAGUCGGAAGGAGCAGCUAAUCCAACGCAUUUACACUGAUCCUCACUCGCCGGCGUUUGCGCGUAUACUAGGGACUAUGGCUAAUUCGCGGGCGUUCCGUGAGGCUUAUAAUUGUCCUGUCAAGGCGCCGACGUGUGAGCUAUGGUAGGAUAGUCAAUGUUGUGGAGUUCUUCAAAUGUACGAUAUGUGGAACAUGUGCAUGAAAAUUUGGAAAGGUCUGUAUGUUAGCUAUAACUAUACUUUCUCGUUUUCUGGCGAGAUAACUCCAAUCAUAUGAAUAGGUACUAGGCUAGUUGAUGGCAGCGACAAGGGGGACCGAUCCCAAAUUGCCUCCGAGGGUCCCUAAAUACUACAAUCCAUGCCUGCCUACCUUGCACCCUUCUACGCCUGAGGCCAUAUUUUCCACAGGAACUUCGGAAUAUAAGCAUUGGAAGACAAUAUUGAUGGAGACUCAAUCAAGAAAGAGUGUUGUAUGUAUAAAAGCACUGAUAGCAAUGAAUAUGUAGACUCCUUCAAUAUCAGAAAUAGCCUAUUUUAUAGGUUGAAUACUUGUUG